CGUUUGGUGUAGAUGUUCAGAUAUCAACUGACAUUUUAUCUGAAAUAUCUGUUUAGAAAACGUGGUUUGAAGAUCACUGUAUCGAAAGAUACUUAAUAAGCAUCAAAUAAAACGCUAAAAUAAUCUUUAAAUAUCAAGCAUUAAAGAAAUGGAAAAUGAAAAUGAUCCAGUGGUUAAAGAGAUUCCAGUGUUUCUCUCAAAAACACUUGCCGACAAAUUAUUUAUUUUUCAAUAUCCGGUCCGUCCUGCUGGGGAGGGUUACGAUAAUGUAACUUUCCUGAAAACUUCAAUAAAGCCAGAGAAUCAGGAAGUUCUCAUAGAAGUAGCAAUUGAUACACAAAGUGUCACUUAUGACCAUAGUAAAGGAGAGCAAAUUGCAAUAAAUGCAGAUGGAGAUGCAAAGAGUGAUCAGGAUGAUGAAGAGAAGGCAUUUGAUAGCAAUCUCAUGGAUAAAACAGUAUUGCAAUCUUCUCGAGCAUUACCCAAUUGUUCAAAUUAUGCAGUUGGUAUUUUUCAAGAUGGUGAAUUGCAUAUUACACCUCUGAAAGGGGUAAUACAAAUGCGUCCACAAUUCAGUUACCUUGAUAAAAGUGAUAAACGUGUUAGAGAUGAAGCCAAAAAUAUGGGUGAAGAAUUUGAUGAAGAAGAGGAAGGUCCAAAACAAGUUAAUGUAACUUUUGCUAGACAAAAACCAGAGUUUAUGAAAAAGAUGCAAGAACAAUCUUUUCAGCAUCAUACACAAAAAAGUUUAGGAGAAAGAUGGAUUCAUACUAAUUAUGUUCCAACAAAUACUACACAAGCAGAACUUACCCGUUUGGAAAUGUUCUGUAACACUACAGACGAAACUGUAAAUACAUUGAAUUUAUCGACACGACAAUAUUUAGAAUUACUGGCACCACCAAUGAAAGAAGAGAUAAGAUCAGAUGUUUCCAGUUGUACAUCUCUUAAUUAUAUUAGGACUUUAUCUCUUCUUGAUCAAAUUAGAACUAUUAUGAAAGAUGCCAAAGUUCUAUCUUUUGCACAGUUAAGAUUAAUUAUAUCACCAGAUCAAGAAACAUCAGCUGUAUUAAAGUAUUUGCAACAGGUAGCAGUUUUAGUGCAGGGAAAUUGGGUUGUAAAUAGUGAACUUCUGUAUCCAAAGGAUACUGUUUCAUCGCAUAACGGCAUUCCCGCAGAACUUAUGUGUAGAGCUAGAGAUUAUGUUUUAUUAUCCUUCACGGAACAUGAAUAUCUACAUAGGAAAACAGUUGCAUCAGUUAUUAAAUUGCAUACUGAUGAACUUAGGGAAAUAUUUGCAAAUUUAGCCGUACACGAACCAAAAAAGGGAUGGCGUCUAAUAAUUCCACCCAGUAAAGAAUUUAGUGAAAGGUAUCCUGAAAUAGCUCAAAGGCAAGAAAUGUUUUGGGAAGCUAAACGAAAAUAUCUUCGUGAAGCUAUGGAAGUACAAAGCCAAAUUCCACAGCGUCAGAGGCGGAAGUCGAACAGAGAAUCAGUUGGAUCUGAAAACGAGGAAAGAAAUGUUGGACGCGGAAGAAAAACGUUAAGGGAUUCUUCUAUGUCGGAUAAUGAUAGCGCAACAGAACCAGUGAAACAUAAAAAGACUAUACGAUCCCGUAAAGUAUCGGAAACCACGUGACCAAAGUUGAUGCGCGAUUAAAAUGUUUACUUCUACAUGUUGUUAACAUAUUCCAAGUUCCGAAACUACGUACCUAGAUUAUGUUAUUACAUUGUGUCUGCUUUGAUACACUGCCAAAAUUUCACAGUAUAUUUGUAUAUUUAAAUGACUUAAGUGAAAUAUUUUCUAGUCUCAGGUGACACAUAAAGAAAAUAAUAGUAUCAAUAUUCAAUAAUUAUUUGUUUAAAAGAAAUAGUUCCACAAUCUUUACUAUUAACAAGUAAGGGAAAUUAGUUCUUGGUUUCUGUAUGUCGUUGAUAAUUGUUAGAAUUGAUUUUAUUUUUAAAAACAUUCAAGAAUAUACAGAAACAUGACAAAAGCAUAAAACAUAAAGUUUGUUGGUACGUAUUACAAUGUCACUGGUGAAUAAGUGGUUAGAUACUGUAAAAAAAGUUCAUUUAUUAUUUCCAAGAGUUACUUCCUGCACAUUGUUGAUCGAUGUUGCACCAAAAGAAACAUUGACUGAAAAAUGACUGAUGUUUUUUAUUUUAUUAAAAAUAUUUUUACGAACGAGAAAUAGUAUGAUGUGAAAUAAAUUUAGGUAGAAAUAUAUGUGUAUAAAGUAACAGAAUAUGAAAUGAUUUGUAUACUGUAUUUAUUACUUUGGUAUUUAAAAUGUACAUAUGUAUAAUUCAAAAUGUAUUUCCAUAAAUACCUUUGAUCCUUUAUUUAAAUUAUAAUCAUUUAGUAUUUAAUAAUUUUUCAGAUGCAAUGUAGUUAGUGCAGAAUGUUAAUUAGUAAUCUCAUGAACAUGUUUAUACCCUAGGAGCCGCUUUAAAUCCACAUAGAAAGUAGCACUUGUAUAAGAACAGGAAAUAAUAGUAAAAAAUUAGUAUAACUAUGUAAAUUUAAUGCUAAGCAAUGUAUAUGUACAUACACAUAUCAACAUAUAAUGAUUUUGCGAAUUACUUGUUUGAUACUUGUUUAAUCUUUCCGGCGAGUACAUAUUAUGCAAUUAUCGUUCUUUAUCGACGAAACGUGUUUGUAAUAAAACAUGUUUUUCUUGACGAGAAAUUAAAA